AUGGUGAUCAAGACCCAAAAUGGACAAGUUCUGAAAAAAGACAAUGAGGUCAUUGCUAGCCUACUCGAUACAACUGUAAGAACUGUUAAGAGAAUAUGGGAAAGAGCUCUUAAACAGGUUGAAAAAGGGGAGAAAGUUGAUGUCUCAAAUCAAAAGCCAGGUAGAGUUGGCCGCAAGCGGAAAGAUUUGGAUCUGUCGAGGGUGGUGACAAUCCCAUUGAACAGAAGGAGAACAUUGCGAGGUCUGUCAAAGGCAUUGGGUGUAAGCUGCACGACCUUACACUCAAGGUUCGAGUGGGGUCAUUUGAGGCGUCACAGUAAUAAGUUGAGGCCCCACUUAAACCUAUCCAACAUUGUAAAGAGAUUGAAAUGGUGCUUGGCUAUGUGUGAAGAUUAUUGGUCUGCGACACGGGAAUUAGACAACAUAGCCUACAUGGAUGAAAAGUGGUUCAACAUGACUGGGGAGGUGAACAACUACUAUUUGCUUCCCGAAGAACCCGACCCCUUGCGCACCUUGCAUCAUAAGGAUAGCAUCGCCAAGGUGAUGUUUCUCGCAGCCGUGGCUAAACCAAGAUACGGCAAAGGUGGUGAGGUCACUUUUGAUGGAAAGCUCGGCAUUUGGGCUUUUGUCACAGAGUCUCCUGCUCAAAGAACCAGUGAAAACAGAGAUAAAGGGACGCUCAAGCUCAAAUCAUUGAAAGUCACACGAGAUGUAAUGAGGUAUUACAUGUGUGAGAAACUUAUUCCUGCGAUCCAAGAGCGCUGGCCGGACGAAGAUGAAGGACGGACAAUCUAUAUCCAACAAGAUAAUGCCACGCCACAUAUUCUUCCCGAUGACCCGGUUUUCCGACAAGUCAUAGAACAAACUGAUUUGGAUAUUAAGUUGCUUCAACAGCCUCCAAACAGUCCCGACAUGAACAUUCUUGAUCUCUGCAUAUUCAGGUCUCUCCAGUCCCACACCGAUAGCAGAGCACCUCAAAGCAUCAGGGAACUGAUAGAAGGUGUGGAGAAGGAAUAUCGAAACUACCCGGUUGAUAAGCUAGCUAGAAGCUUCGUGACGCUGCAGUCAUGCAUCCGAGAGGUAAUGAGAAACAAGGGAGCGAUAAACUACUCGAUCCCUCACAUGAACAAGGAACGCCGGCAGGCAGAAGGACGGCUUCCUAUAGCUCUAUCUAUCGACUGUGAGCUAGUUGGACAGACCAUAGCCUUUAUAGAAGAGGCAGAAGCAAUCUUAGCAGCAGAAAAAGAGCAGAAGCAGCAGGAAAAGAGCAGCAAGAAAAGAGCCGCAUCAGGCUUGAAGAAGCAGAAACACCCUUCGAAUACCAGCAGCCUCCAAGCAGCAGGAAAAGAGAACCAGGAGCCUUGA